UGCAGGAUGCGCGCAUUCGUGUGCCUGCUCCUGGCGGCUUUGGCCGUGAUGGGCGUAAGUGGCCAAUUCGACACGCACCAGUGGGGUGAUCGUAGUGGUAUUGUGCAUCUGUUCGAGUGGAAGUGGAAUGACAUCGCGAAUGAGUGCGAAAACUUCCUGGCACCUAAAGGAUACGCUGGUGUGCAGGUGUCGCCUCCGACCGAGAACGCCGUCGUGUGGAGUCCUCGUCGACCAUGGUGGGAACGUUACCAGCCAUUCUCGUACAACCUGAACACCCGUUCCGGCAGUGAGGCCGAGUUCGCGAGCAUGGUUCGCCGGUGUAACUCCGUCGGAGUGCGCAUCUACGUUGACCUGGUCAUCAACCAUAUGGCCGCUAUCAGCACGAACGGUGGAACCGGUGGUUCGACGGCUAACGCCGGUGGCAUGCAGUUCCCGGCGGUUCCUUAUGGUCCGAACGACUUCAACCCGGUGUGCUCGAUCACCAACUACAACGACCCUGUCAUGGUACGCAACUGCCAGCUAGUGGGUCUGCCAGACUUGAACCAGGGCAGCAGCUGGGUACGCGACAAGAUCGUUGAGCUGAUGAACAAGAUGGUUAACUACGGUGUGGCUGGAUUCCGUGUGGACGCCGUCAAGCACAUGUGGCCCGGAGAUCUGCAGGCUAUCUACGGACGCAUGGCUAACUUGCCCACGGAUCAGGGUUUCCCGCCAAAUGCGCGCCCCUUCAUCACGCAGGAAGUCAUCGAUCUGGGUGGCGAAGCGAUCAGCAAGACCGAGUACACGCAUCUUGGCACGGUGACGGAGUUCCGAUUCUCGGCCGAAAUUGGACGCGCGUUCCGUGGAAACAACCAGCUCCGGUGGCUGGUUAACUGGGGCCCGGAAUGGGGCUUUUUGCCGUCUCAUUUGGCGCUCGUGUUUGUCGAUAACCACGAUAACCAGCGUGGUCAUGGAGCCGGUGGUGCGGAGGUCCUCACGCACAAGGUUCCCAAGAACUACAAGAUGGCGAACGCGUUCAUGUUGGCGCAUCCGUUCGGUAUCCCGCGCGUUAUGAGCUCGUUCUUCUUCGACGACGGUGAUCAGGGACCGCCCUCGGACGGUGAUGGUAACCUGAUGUCACCGAUCAUCAACGCUGACGACUCGUGCGGUGGCGGUUGGGCUUGUGAGCAUCGGUGGCGUCAGAUCUACAACAUGGUUGGCUUCCGGAAUGCCGUUGCAGGCACCUCACUGAACGAUUGGUGGGAUAAUGGUGGCAACCAGAUCGCUUUCUGCCGUGGCGCUCGCGGGUUCGUCGCCUUCAAUCUCGAGGGCUACGACCUGAACCAGAACCUGCAAACGUGCCUGCCCGCUGGCACGUACUGCGACGUGAUCUCCGGCAGCAAGUCGGGCAGCAGUUGUACCGGAUCGAGCGUCACCGUUGGUGGUGAUGGCCGUGCCAACAUCUUCAUCUCCUCCAACGCCGAUGACGGUGUUCUGGCCAUCCAUGCUAACUCCCGACUGUGAAGAUCGAUCGCUCGCAAGGCUCUCCACUACGCAUCUUUAGUUGUUAAUAAACGCAAUAAAUUCAUUCGCACCCCGUCGUACAAACU